CUCGCCGGCCCCGCCGGCCCCGCCGCCCCCGCCGCCCGCCGCCGCCCGCCGCCGCCCCCGGCCCCUCGCCGGCCCCGCCUGCCUGCGAGGCUCGCCGCGGGGCCCGCCCCUCCUGCGGUACCCGGAAGGCGGCCGUGCCAAGGGCAGGGGAAGAUGACCAUGCCCAGCCCGAAGCAGGCCGCACAGCUGCGCUUCCUGGCCAUCAUGGCCGCCACGGCGGCGGCCAUCUCCCUGCUCUUCUAUGCUCUCCUCUGGAAGGCCGGCAACCUCACGGACCUGCCCCACCUCAGAGUCGGCUUCUACAACUUCUGCCUGUGGGACCAGGGCACCGGCUCCCUGCGGUGCCGCCAGUUCCCUGAGCUGGAGGCCCUGGGCGUGUCGCGGGUCGGCCUGGCCCUGGCCAGGCUUGGUGUGUACGGGGCCCUGGUCUUGAUGCUCUUCGUCCCCCUGCCUCUCUUCCUGGCCUGGUGCAACAGCAGCCAGGGAGAGUGGCGGCUGGCGGUGGGCUUCCUCGCCACGUCCUCCAUGCUGCUGGCCAGUGGCCUGGGCCUCUUCCUCACCUACACGUGGAAGUGGGUCAGGCUCUCCCUGCUGGAGCCCGGGUUUCUCGCUCUGGGCACCGCGCAGGCCUUACUCGUCCUCUUGCUUAUGGCCACGAUCGUGUUCCCUCAGAGGGCGGAGGACAAGAGCAAGCUGGACAGCUACUAGGUCUGUCAAAAGGUUAACGUGAUCGCCAGAGUUCAGUUUGAACUAUGCUCAGAGAAGGCGCCAGAAACUUGAGGGGCUGGUAUGUCUUCUCAGCCUGUUUGAUAGCGAAUGCCCAUCUCAAGCCCUAGGAGCCAGGCCCCGCCACGGAGAAGGUGGGGUACCUAGAGUCAAGAGGCCAGGAGGCAGCAAUGGCGGGACUUCCAAGGUUCCCAAGGGCACCCCCAGACCACGCAGCUCACCGUCCUGAGAACUCCUGCUUUCCUGCACUGAUCUGAGCAAGCCAUUCUCACUUCUUCCUCAGGCUCAUGGAGAGAGGACUCCUGUCACGAGGCCUGACUUCCAGGACGAUUUGCCAAAUGUCAAACUAGAACCCAGUUAAGGUUUAUGUCAACCAAUGGGGAACAUUAUGAGAGAGAGAGAGCUCGCUUCGGUGUCUCUUGGGGCUCCCGGUUAGCAAGCUCCCCCUCUCCGUGGUGGGUGCGAUGUGAUGAGCCCCCUUUCCCUAAUACCACUCCCGAAGGCCCAGGAGUGGUCCCUUGAGGGAUUCACUAGAGACCGAACCCGUGGGCACAAAGAGAAGCCUUGGUGGCUCUGAAGGCUCUCCUGGAAAGGCUCCUGGACCCGAGGCCAGACAAAGCAGGGGCGUCAGCGGGCAAAUCGUUCCUAGCACGGGCCCCGGGAGUUGGGAACAGAAUACAACAAAUCCCCAGAGAGGUGAGCAAGGUGAACAAAACAGCUCCACGUACAUACUGAUGCUGCAUCUCUUCACUUUUCCACCCAGAACUGCAAAGGAGAAGAGCACAACCUCCGCCUUGCGGACCGGUUUGUAUUUCUGAGCACCUGCAUGUCGGAAAACCUGUGCAGCAAAUGCCCGCCUCAUUCCAUCUGUCCAAGGCCACCCUGAAUAGAGACAGAACUGGGGACUCUGGCAGGAUCUCGGCUGCAGAGUCUCCUGCAGGCUCCUGUCCCAGUCUUGCUUCCCAACUGCCCGGGGACUGAGGCUGAGCCGCCGAGUAGAAGGAAGGUGGCAGCGUGGGGGGGGCAGAGGCCUUCCAGUGCAGAUCCCUGUGGGCAGGACAUCUGCCUCCCGGGCUGCACGGGGGAUGGAAACAGGCUUCCUCCUUAGGGAGAGAUCCCGCUGUCGGAAUUCCAGUGAACUUAGCAGCUAUACUUCUUCUUUCAAAUUUAUUAAGUUGACUCUACGACGGUUCCAGUAAGUGUGACCCCCUUGUCCACCUUUCCCUGAACCUGGGAAGUGAAUAAAGCCAGACCCUCCGAGUGGAGUAGGCGCAGCGCAGAGAGAAA